AUUUCAACAGCCACCACUGGAAAUCCGCAGAGUGCCUACUGACACCCGCGAGACAGAGAGAGAGAGAGAGGGCGUGUUUGUGUCAGAAAGACCGAGAGACGAACUCUUACAGAGGCAAAAGCAGCAGGAACAGCAAGAGAAGGAUUGAGGGAUAAGAGCCAAAACACGGAACAAUUCUCAACGACAUUUCAAAGCCUAGAGUGAAGAAAUUACAAGAAGUGAGUCCAGCGAAUUGUGGAAUUUGACUGACAGGAAAACAAACUACUCCACUAAUCCACCUGUUUGCUACCAAGGACAAUUGUUGGAAAACCAGAAUCUGGAUUUGAUGAAUGGACAACGGCUUCAUGGACAAAACCUUCGAGUUACUUUGAACUUUUGAUGUGAUACGCAGGACAAAUGAUGGAGCAAAAACAAUCGUAAGAGCCAACAUAAAUAAUAAGACAAACUGAUUGUGGGCCUCUCCAUCCUAAUAACAAGACUGGAUUAAUUUCGCCCUUUAAAGGACAGUUUCAUUUUACCUAUUUUAUAACAAACUACUGCAUAACCAACCUGAUCCACUGUAAUUACAAAGUAAACACACGGACGAAUUACAGACAUUUGUAAUUAAAGACCAUCAAAAGGCAGCUGAUGAAAGGGUGAAGUUUGCAAAGAAAGACAAGAGUGGGCAGCAUCAAAGCCAAAAAGCAGAGUGUUGACAAUCUGAUCGGGUAAAUCUUCAGAUCAUGGAUCCUCAUGGAGGACACUACCUCAACAAAGCAGCUGUACUGUCACCUUUAGGUGUAACGCGGAUAUGCCAGCUGAUGCUCGGCUGCACUAUAAUGGCCCUUGUAACGCACAGUGCAGACUACAGCGCCACCUAUGGGACCUUCUGCAUGUUUGUGUGGUGCUUCUGCUUUGCUGUCACACUGGUCGUGUUCACGCUGGACAUCACGCGGCUCCACACCUGCAUGCCCAUUUCCUGGGAUAACUUCACGGUGGCCUUCGCCAUGCUGGCGACCCUCAUGUAUAUCACCGCCUCCGUGGUCUACCCCGUUUACUUCCUCCAACCCCACUGUCCUAAGGAGGGAUGUGAAGUUCAAAUCUACCGGAUUGCGGUCACCGUCUGCUCCAGCAUUUGCUGCUUCCCCUACGGAGCGGAGGUGUUUUUAACUCGAGCCAAGCCGGGAGCUGUGGUGGGAUACAUGGCAACUGUAUCCGGGCUGCUCAAGGUGGUUCAGGGUUUUGUGGCCUGCAUCAUUUUCGGGGCACUGGCCAGCGACAGCGAGUACAACCGCUACGUUGCCACACAGUAUUGUGUGGUGGUGUACAGCCUUUGCUUCUCCGUCACUGUGAUAGUGGUCAUACUGACGGUAUCUGGGAGGACUUCUGUGCUGAGAUUUCCCUUUGACCGAUUUGUAGUCAUCUACACUUUCUUCGCUGUAAUCCUAUACCUCAGUACUACACUGGUCUGGCCCAUCUUCAGCUUUGACAAGAAGUACGGCACCACUGCUCGCCCCGAGAACUGUCCACGUGGAAGUUGCCCAUGGGACAGUAAGCUUGUGGUGGCCGUGUUCACCAGCGUUAACUUGAUCCUCUACUUAAUUGAUCUCAUCUACUCGCAGAAGAUUCGCUUUGUCUCAAACUCUGCUGCCUGAAAAACUCUUCUCCCUCAAGAGACACAUUAUUGAACCGUGAGACCACAUCUAACAUUUUUUCCAUCGUCAAGUCUGUUUUUUAAUGGAGUCAUUUCUAUGUAUCCAUAAGUUCAUAGUAUUAAGUCUGCUGUGCUUUAUUACAUGUACUUUCUAUCAGUAUUAGCUAGUUUUGAACCUCUGUGGUCUGCAACAAACUGACAGUUUUGUCCAAUUGUGUACUGACCUACCAAGGAAAGCUCACAGUCAACACAUGAGCUGAUCUCAAUAGCGCUGUCCAGAGAAAAACCUGGAAAAUGCAACACUAUCUGCAAACAAUGGGUUCCUCCUUUCCCAACAUUGUUGGCGGCCUUGAACAACUGAAGGGCCAAUGAAAGCGUAAAAUAAUGUUUAUUUGAUUCGAUUAUUAAUGUUCAUCCACUAUGUUAUUGUCAAAGUUGAAGAAUUUAUUUAAUUGCAUAAACUAUUUAAUAUAUUGAUUGUAUUAUUUGUGAGAUUUUGAAUAAAUUGAAUUCAUUCUCAUAAUAUAUUGAAUAUUUUAAGUAAACAGUUUGCACUGACGACAGUAAGAAACAGCAGAACCUUUGCUGUAAUAUUUCAUCUGCAAAAACAGAAGACUGGCAUUCUUUAAAAAAAAUCAACCAAACAACAACAGAUUUAAUAUCUUAUAUUUGCAAAAAUGAGGACUGAAGUCUUUCCAGUAUGACCAGGCCACUUAGUCUCCAAACAAACCUCAGUAUGUAAAAUAAGCACAUAUAUAUUAUUGAUUUUUUUUCUCAUUCUUUUUGAAGAAAGAUACUUCUUUUACAAUUUAUCUCUUCAUUUUAUUUUG